AUGGCCUCUAUCUACGGCAACGCCAGUUGGAAUCUGGAUUUCGAGGGCCCAGACAUCCGAUGCUCUGCUCUGGAUGCAGAUGACGAGCUGCGCAUCAAUGUCACCAAAUCAGCAACUGAACGCUGUUCCGAUGCUUAUUGUUAUCGGUACAUAUCCUGGAUGCCGGAAUCAACUACAGACCUUUCAUCAUUUUGGCCGGACAAAAAGGAUUCCACCAGGGACGCGGUUUCUGGGCCCCGAGAUGCUCCAAUAUCCUUAUACGUUGUCGAAAACAACGACGAUGGGUUGUCUGACUCCAACAUGUUGGUUCUUGAUUCGUUCACGAAAUGCUCUUCAUACAGCAGCAAGUUCUCGACGAUUCUGCGCCUCGCCUUCAACAUCCGCUUGUCCGAGUACGUCGAGCUUCAGGAUACUGGCGGCGAAGACCCGCUACCUGAUCGGCUGGAGAACACGACUGUUGCAUUCCCCUCACGAAGUGCGAAAGGCGCGGAAGUUAGUGGCUCACUGUUGGACAAUAGUGAGGAGAGGUCAUCAGGGCCUUGA